CAAAUAAUCAAAAUCGAAAAUUUAUCUCAAAUGGGUCAUUUAUUAUUUUUGGAGCUAUCCUCCAAUAAAAUUGUUAGAGUUGAAAAUGUAUCUGAAUUGAUCAAUAUUCAAGAAUUAAAUUUUUAUAAAAAUCAGAUCAAGAAAAUUGAACGUAUAUUUACUUUAGUUAAUUUAAAAAAACUAAUACUAUCUUGUAAUCUUUUAACCGAAAUAGAAAAUUUAUCAAAAUUAAUUAAUUUAACUCAUAUAUAUUUAAACCAAAAUUCUUUAGUAAAAAUUGAAAAAUUGUCCAAGUUGCAAAAUUUGAUUGAUCUAAAUUUAUCUGAUAAUAAAAUUGAGAAAAUUGAAAACUUAUCAAACUUAAGCAACUUAACUUUUUUAAACAUUUCUCACAAUAAAAUCAAAAGUAUUGAAAACUUUCCACAUUUGGAUAAAUUAGAGGUAUUAAAUUUUAGUUAUAAUCAAAAUUCCCAAAAACGAGAAUACAUCUCAUAUGAAUUAUAUCAAGUUUUUACAUAUUGUUUAAAAAAUUAA